UCGGAAUCGAAGUUCAAAAUUAAUUUCUCAGAAACUUGAAUUUCCUCAGGACUUUUAAACAGAUUAAUUAUUCAUUGAGAUAUGUAAAGCUUUCUGCGUUUCACCAUUACUGAUUAGAGAGUAAAUUGUUUCAAAGUUAUUGUGAAACCAAGAGCCCACCAGUUACAACGAAGCCACCAAGAAAGAGAAUCAAAGGAAUACAGGCUUCUCUCUAUACAUUAAAUCUUAAUAAUGGAAACAAUUCAGGAGAAACCUGCUUCCAACUGCAAAGACCAUGGGAAAGACCAUGUCCAUUUUGAGGCAGAACAGCUGAAGGACCAUAAUCUGGAGAUUCACGUGAAGCAGAGUGAGGGUAAGGCGGACGUCCACCUGGGAUUUCUACAGGUCCACCAUCACUACGUGGUCUGUUUCUGUGUCAGUGAUAGUCUGGGAGAGGAGGUUGAUUAUGAUAAAAGGGAAAACCUCCAUGUCGAAAUCCAGAAAGUCACUCCUACAGAAGAUGGUAAGGGACAUGAGCUGGUGCUGCAUUUUAAUGCUCAUCGUGAGAAACUGCUGACAGAAAUGAUAAAUAUAUACAGCAAAGACCAACAGACAAGACUCAAGAUUGUUAUACAUGCCAGAGUUCUAGGUAAAGGAAAAGGGACUCCAGCAUUGAAGAAUGGAAUCAAGUGUUACAAGGUAGAUACUGACGAGGAUUCAGACGCACACAGUGAUUGGCAGGGAUUCUAAGCGAUGGACUGAUGUCAGAGAGAGGGACAGGCCCAGUGUAGUAUUACUAUUAAUAGAACGAUUCUCAGAAUUAGGUCGCUCGCUAACAGUUUACAGCAUUUUGUAUAGAAUUCUAGAUGGAGAUUACAAAUGUAGUUAGUAUUUGACAAUUCAUAUUUUGAUGAUAAAUUAGCUGAUGAUUAAUAUAUUAUUAAUUUUUUUUUUAUUAAGAAUUUUUUAUUGUUGAAUUGUAGAUGAUAUUUUUCACUUUUUUACAGUAUUUAAUCCAACAGAACAUUGGUUGUCCUAUAUUGUGUCCAAUACAGUAGUCAGAUAGAAAACUGGGCCCAACUCAAUGUGAAAUCUGCUCGCUAUGAUUUCAUUCAAUAGGUCUUCCAAAAAAACUUCUGUUUGCCCACCUGCUUUUAUUUAUAGUAAAAUCUCUCAGACCUAACAAAAAGUGCCUAUAAGAUUCCAGACUAAAUACAUUGUAUGUACCGGUAUAAAUCUGAAUUAUAUGUAAUUCAGUAAUGUAAUUGCGAGACCAGAAUUUUUACUCCUGCAGAUAGUUUGUAAACAACCAAGCAGCUAUUGUCAUAUUGGGAAAGCUAAGAACCCAUAUAUACAUUAUGUAUGUAUGAUGAAAAGGAAAAAAAUAGAACAUAACUUUUAUAUAGACUUUUUAAAGCAUUUUAAAAAAAAUACCAGAUACAUGUAUGUACAUGCAGUGAAGCAAAAAAAAGUAGUCAAUAUGCAAAUGUUAAUAGACAUUAUAUUACAUUUAUUUCAGAACACUGUUGAACAUAUAUUGCUCGCCUGAUAAUAUGGUAAAGUAGUGUCAACUUUGAGUUACUGUAAGUUUCUGAAGUCAAAUUAUCUUUAUGAAAAUAUCUUUACUUGACAAUGUAUAUUUGGAGUUUUUAUCCAUUUUAAAAUGAAAAAAAUUACAUGUACAUGUAUUUUGGACAUAUGUUUUUUCUGUCCUCACCAAUAUUUGUUACU